CCCAUUCGCUCACUCUACACUAUUGUAUUGUAGUGUAUCGUAUUCAGUUGUAGUGGUUUGGAAGCGUAGCAAGCAUGGAGGAGACAAUACCCUUCAAGAAUCUCCAUAGCAGAGAGUAUCAAGGUCACAAGAAGAAGGUGCACUCGGUGGCUUGGAAUUGUACGGGCACGAAGCUAGCCUCCGGUUCUGUGGAUCAAACGGCUCGAAUUUGGCUGAUUGAGCAACAUGGGCAUGGCAAGGUUAAAGAUAUUGAAUUGAAGGGGCAUACUGAUAGUGUGGAUCAGCUGUGUUGGGACCCCAAGCAUGCUGAUUUAAUUGCAACUGCUUCCGGCGACAAGACUGUUCGUCUGUGGGAUGCUCGGAGUGGAAAAUGUACGCAGCAAGCAGAACUCAGUGGGGAGAAUAUCAAUAUUACCUACAAACCCGAUGGGACACAUAUAGCUGUUGGGAACCGGGAUGAUGAAUUAACAAUACUGGAUGUUCGCAAAUUUAAGCCAAUCCAUAGGCGCAAAUUCAGUUAUGAGGUAAAUGAGAUUGCCUGGAACAUGACAGGAGAGAUGUUUUUUUUGACGACUGGGAAUGGUACUGUAGAAGUACUAGCAUACCCAGCCCUUCGACCACUUGACACCCUUAUGGCUCAUACUGCUGGUUGCUAUUGCAUCGCAAUUGAUCCAAUAGGAAGAUACUUUGCUGUUGGAAGUGCUGAUUCCUUAGUCAGCCUUUGGGAUAUCUCAGAGAUGCUAUGCGUGCGGACGUUUACAAAACUUGAAUGGCCUGUCAGGACGAUAAGUUUCAAUCACACAGGAGAGUAUAUCGCGUCUGCCAGUGAAGAUCUUUUCAUUGAUAUCUCAAAUGUUCACACAGGGCGAACAGUCCACCAGAUUCCAUGCCGGGCUGCCAUGAAUAGUGUGGAAUGGAAUCCAAAACACAAUUUGCUUGCAUAUGCUGGAGAUGACAAGAACAAGUAUCAAGCUGAUGAAGGCGUUUUCCGAAUAUUUGGAUUUGAAAGUGCCUGAAGUAAUCGAGUAUUGCUGAUGCUGGCUUUUGUCAGAAAGGUGUUUUUCCAUAAUAUUCGGCUUUGAGAGUGGCCUGCAAUUAUUUAAGUGAGCAGCUUUGUCAGAAAGGCUUUUGCCUCAGUGUUUUUUCCUUUUCUUCCCCACACACCACCUUCCAUUCUCCUUUGUUUUUUUUCCCUCCCCUAGUAUCCCCCACACUUGUUCCUGCGGAGAAUCUGGGAAAGUUGAUUAUGGGUGAUGGGGGUGGGGGUAACUCAUUGUGUGGUACUUUUUUAUGGACCAUUUUUUCUGUAAUUGUCUCAGCAAGGGACCUGGUGCCAGGUCCCUCUUCUUUUUUUC